GGAACAAAAACCAUCAUGAUCCAAACGUUGGCGUCCGGAAAGUACAGUAUGUGGGUCGAUGAAAUAGUGUUUUUGGAUUCCGAAAGAUACCUGGCUUUGGUGUGUGUUUGUGUGUGUGAUAUUUGAGAACACGGAAAAAAGGGCGCUGUCAGUAUUGGAGGGAGACCCAAAACGUCACAUCCAAAGACGCUGGAGGAGCUAGUUAAAGUCUGCGCACCACAGAAAAGGAACAACCCGCGGUGCCUUCACUGAUCACUGGACCACGGACUUCUACUACUGAAAGGGCAGAUUUUGUAAUAUGUCAACCAUGAGGCACGGAAUCUGUGGAUUGCCUCUUAAUCUCUUUUUAAUAUUCGUCCCUCUCAUCACUGGCUCACCUUUCCAAAACACCAGGUUCCAGAACAACGCAUUUUCUGGCACCGAGACACGACAGAAGAAUAAAAACUGGUGCGCCUACGUUGUGCACAAGAACGUGAGCUGUGCUGUCGUGGGAGGCACGGAGAGCUUCGUGCAGCCGGAGGUUUUACCAUGUCCACCGGAGCUUCCAAACUGUGCGCAACAAGUGAUAUACCGGACGCACUUCAGGCCAAUGUAUAAGAUUGCAUUCAAGACUGUAACAGAGCUGGAGUGGAGGUGCUGCCCGGGGUACCAAGGCCAUGACUGCAGGGAGGUGAAAGACCUAAAGAUACUCCAAGCAGAGCAUUGGUCUCAUGCACCUAUUUCCACUGGAGAUAUUCCAGUCCGACGAGUUCCAGAACAGAGAACCGAGGGCCACAGAACUCAUCCAUGGGUAGGGGAGGGACAGUUUGGAGUUCAAACAGGUCACAGGCCACUAGGGGGUCAAAGAGGAUCUCAAAAUGCACAACUGGAGGAGGAGGUGCAACGACUGUCCCAGAUGGUCCUUGAUAUGCAGACAAGAAUGACAGAUAUGACAUCCAAUCUCAGACUGGAUUUCCAGGAGGAUGCCAGUAAAAUGCUAGUUACGCUGUUGAAUAACAUCCGACAGCCUGCCAGUGCACGUGGCACAGAACCUCAAACCAUCCGGAUGCAGGAAUUCUCUUUUGACCACAACACAACACCAAUGGACGAAGUUAUGAACAAGAUCAGCCAGGUUACAGACGACCUAGAGUCUAAGACUAAGACCCUGGAUGACCUGCUGGGCCGUGUGAAUCAUCACGAUGGGCAGAUUAGUCUGCUAAUGGAGGGUGCCCAGAACCCAUUGUCUUUACCUCCUCCUGACCUGCAGGCCUACCUGGACAAUAAGAUCCGCACUCUGAGAGAGGAGUUGAUGGAGGGCAUGGAAAUCAAACUAGCAGACUUGAAGAACUUGUGUGAUUAUAAAAUCAUGUCAGUUCAGGAACAGUGUGAAGGACAAGAGACCAAUUAUCUCAGCCUGGCUGAGCUCAUGGACUCAAAGGAAACUGACCUCCUAAAGGAGAUACAGGAUCUUAACACCAAGAUAGUUGAUCAAGGCACCCAUGUAUCUGACUCUGUUCUCACUCGUGUGGAAAAUCUUGAGAUCCAUUUAAACUCAUCUCAGAAUACUGUGGCGGAGCAGUGUCUCUCUGUAGAGGAGAAACUGAAGAAAGAAUGGGGAGAGGCUAUUAAAGAUCUGAAGGAGACCCUGGAGGACAAGCUGGCCUCGAUGGAAGAUACACUCACUACCCUGUUGGUAGAUACAAGCAUCAACUCCCAAACUUGGGCUCAGCCAGAGAGUCAGGUUGUGCUGCAGACAAACUCUCUCAACAGCUCUGUUCAGAAACUGGAGGAUAGACUGAAUGUCAUGGACCAGUUGCACACCAGUGAGCACAAGGCUAAUUUAGCUGUUGUAGAAAACCUUCAGCAAGAGUUUCAGAGCUGUAAAACGGCUAUAGGUGCUAUUGAGAUCAGUCUAAAAGCCCAGAUUAAUGGCCUUGGAGCCAUGGAGGGGCAACUCCUAAACUACAGCACUAGCACUGAGAAUGCACACAGUGAGCUCAGCUCCAUGCAUCACCGCUUGGACAGAUUGGAGGACUCACUAUUAGAUGUAGUUUACCAGCAGUCUCAGACCUCACAGAGCCGCAACUCCACCUGGGGUCAAGUUAAAACUGAGGCUGAGCAGGAGGUCAAGGACCUUUUGGAGGUCCACAGAACGAACCAUCAGGAGCUGAAACAGCAUUUGGAUGAGCUGAGCAGGGAGGUGAAAGCUGAGGCUGAUCAUUGCAGGGAAAAAAACGAAGAUGUUGGGAAGGAGAUUGCCCACAUGGACAGCCGCAUUGUUGGUGUGGAAGCUUUGUGUGGCAAGUUGGAUCCUAUCUCUAGUAGCCUCCAGAGAAUCAAAGAGGGGCUGAAUAAACAUGUCACUGCUUUGUGGACUUGUGUCAACCAGCUAAAUGGCACAAUUAGAGCUCAUGCACGGAACAUCGGAGGACUGAGGGGAACUUUCCUGAACCACCAGAACCACAUCGCAAAUAUAGCCAGAGACGUUGAGACACUAACGGACAGCAAUUCAGAGAAGACAGGUGUUCAGGUUGCAGUGGAGGACACAGGACUUUCUCACAGUUCAAGAAAAGGCCUCACGGUGCCAAUUGGCCCUUUGGACGCCUCUCUCCCUCAGCCACCUGUGAUGGAGACCGGAGAGGCGGGUCCCCCCGGCAAGAUGACCUCAUCCAAGUUGCCUGAGGGGACCAGCGGCAGCCAGAUGCCUGUUCAGGGCUUUGCUGGAGCUCCAGGUGUGACACACCCAUGUGUUCCUCUGUCCAGCAUGUUUCCCACCGUUGUUUCAUGUUUUCUCAUUGUUUCUUUUUAUUCCUCAGCUUCUCCAGCCAAAUCCACUGACUCACCAAAGACCAGCAUGCCGCUCAUCUCAGGUGAGCAGGUGUCGUUCUCAGCCGGUCUGACUCUUUCACCGUUCCAACGAGAGGUUGGAAUCAUUCGAUUCAACAAGGUGUUGAUCAAUGAUGGAGGACACUAUGACCCUCAGACAGGCGUCUUCACAGCUCCCACAGACGGCCGCUACCUGGUGAGUGCCAUACUCGCAGCCCAGCGAGGAGAGAAAGUCCGGGCGGUCCUCUCAGUGUCCAAUCGUAGCAUCCAGAGACUGGACUCGACAGGUUUCCCGUCUGGAGCAGCAGCACCAACGUCACAUGAACAAUGUAACUGCAGUAGUUCCACCUCACUGAGUCUGGUUCUCUCACUGAAGCGAGGAGACCGAGCAGCACUCGUCAUGACGGACGGGAAGCUCGCCAUCUCCGCGUCCUCCACAGAGACCCUGUCAUCGUUCAGCGCCGUGCUUCUUUACCCCAGCCCCUCUAAAUGGUAGCCGCGCCACUUUCAGAAACAAACCAGUACCUUUUUUAAUCCAUGACCACAGUAUGGUGGAUGCACUAAUGCUAAUUGUGAAAUCUUAUUACCAGAUGAGGGAAAGACAACGAAAAGAGGAAAAAUAUAUGUCUCCAAAAAAUAACAUUAUUUCUAUAAUGAGUAAUAAUAUAUAUCGUGUUUAUAUUGCAGUUAUAUCGUAUUUUUUUAUUCUAAAGUUUUGGCCUACAACCUAGAACUACCAAAUAUAUAUUUUGCUUGAACAUAAUAAUUGUUGUCCACCACAGUAAUCUGAGUUCCUUCCUUGAUAGAUAAUAACACAAAGUGACUUAUACCUAUACUACCUCAUAAUUACUGAUGUUAAUCAAUUGUUAGUGUUACAAUUUAUCUUCAGUUAAAGGGCCAGUAAGUGAUUUUGGAGAGAGAUUGUUUGUUGUUGAUGUUUUCUCUGCACUGGUCGGGGCUCGAGUAUGUGAGACCGUCGCACUAACCACGGGGCCAAAACCCCUGAGUGGCAGCAUGUGGCACUAGCACGUCUCUAAAGGUGUCGGGGAGUGAUGUUUCCAAACUGCACACAGUGAUGUGAGGUGCGGUCCGCCCCCUUUAAAAAAAUGUCAAUUUACAGAGCCAGGGCUUUGCCGAAAAAACUGAUUUCUUUUUCGGCACACAGAACUGUGAGGAAAUAAUCACUGAAUUUUACAAAGUGUAUUGGAUUUGAAUAUCGCUUACUGCCCCUUUAAUCUCAUUUGUUAAUUACUCGACAGAAAUCUCUGAGUAGAACUUUAAUCAUCCCACUGAUCCUACCAUCUAAUGCAGACAUUUGAUAUUGGUGUUACUGGUCUUCACUGGUCCAAACUCUCAAUAAUGUGCAAAAUGAGCUUUGAUUCUUCUAAUUGAGUUUUAGCUUUUAUUAAAGCAGUAUCCAACAAAGGGCUUUUGAUUUAACACUUUUUAAGUGAAUAUAUUAUAUAUACACUUUAUAUACACAAAGAUCUACAACUUGAAAAGAGAAACCUCACAUAAGUCCUGUCCAGAUCUGUCCCCUCAUACUGACUGACUUACAAAUACAAAUCAGAUCAAACAGUUGAAUGCAUAUGUGCUUACACUGUGACGU